GUUGCUGGGUUGGUUUUUUGGUUCAGCUGCUUUAAAAAAGAAACCAAUAUCCAACUGCAACAUUUUGUGCUUCAACUCAUACCCCCUUUUCAAAAGAGGAAGCCGAAGGGUGUCCCUUCCGGCUCCUCAAGCGAUGCCGCCCCAGGAGCUAUUGGAUUACUCGCCCACCUUGCGAAGAAGCAGCUGCCCCAGCAGAGGCAGCGGCUCAGAGCUGGGCAUCAAGUGUGUCCUCAUCGGGGAUGGAGCGGUGGGCAAAACCAGCCUGAUCGUCAGCUACACGACAAACGGAUACCCGGACCAGUACCAACCAACUGCCCUGGACACCUUCUCAGUUCAAGUCUUGGUUGAUGGUGCACCAGUUCGUAUCCAGUUGUGGGACACUGCAGGACAGGAAGACUUUGAUUGCCUCCGCUCUCUCUGUUACCCUGACACAGAUGUCUUCCUGGCCUGCUUCAGUGUUGUAAAUCCCACCUCCUUCCAAAAUAUUACAGAAAAAUGGAUUCCAGAAAUAAGAACUCACAAUCCCCAAACACCAGUGGUGCUAGUGGGAACACAGUCUGACCUGCGAGAUGAUGUCAAAGUGCUAAUCAGCUUGGACCGCUACCAUGUAAAACCUGUGCCGAGAACACAAGCCGAAGGCCUGGCGGAAAAAAUCCGGGCUCAGACUUAUGUAGAGUGCUCUGCUUUGACUCAAAAGAAUCUGAAGGAGGUUUUCGACACAGCCAUUGUUAGUGCAGUUGAGUACAAAGCCCAGCAGGAAAAGAAAAUGACAGCCAAAGGAAUCAAAACCCUCUCUAAAUGCCGAUGGAAGAAAUUCUUCUGUUUUGUCUGAAACUGACUCCAGUAAGGAAUGUUUGUAAGCCAAAGUGGCCUGGAGCCCAAGUUCUUGUUGGAUUAUGGUGAAACUUGCCUGGGAGACAGGAAGUAGAAGUGUAGCAUCAAAUGGUCCAUGCUACCUUCAAGCAUCUGGGAUGAUCUGAUGUUUUAUGUACUGAAUCCAGUAUUUAAAGAACAGCCAGGUUAAUUUAUAUAUAUAUUCCAGGCAAAAUUACCAGUUUUUAUGACUUUUGAAGGCUUCACAGCAUAUUAAUUAAACAAAUUAAUCAAAUCUGGGAAUAGUAGUCCCAACUUGCCUAGAGGGCACCUGAACAGGGAAGGUUGAAUGAAACUUGAUUUAAAGCUUGAGUUAUAAAUUUGAGAGUUAUAUCUCAUUUUUGAGUCAUAAUAACAGAUAGAGGGGUUUCUCAAUGCAGAACUAAAACUUCAAUUUCAAUCCUACUUAAAAAGGAAGUGAAAUAAGUUCUCAAGAUACAACUCAGGACUGUUCCAUGUUUGGGGUGAAGAGUGUGUGGCUGUGUCCCAUGCUUAAAACAACAAAAUAUUUCCCAGUGAAUUUAUGGGGGAAAAUACCAAUGGCUCCAAAAAGCCAGUGUGAUAUAGGGCUAUUCUAAGAACAUUUGGACUCUACUGGAUGACUGUGAAAAGCAUAUCAUGAACUGACAUAUAGUAGAAAAUAUGUGUUUAUAUGUAUGUGUAUGUGUUUGAGUGCGGAAGAAUUUCUGAACAUUUUCAACAGGAAUGUAGCCUGUGCAUCCACUGAAAAGGUUGAUGCACGAUUUGCUCUGAUGUAAA